GUUUAUUCGUCAGAAAUUUUCUAUCGAUUAAACUUGGCAACAUAAUCGGCACCAGUAUGGUUGGCAACGACAUCGUUUCCUCUGUAUAUUCGACAGCUUUGGCUGUCGAAUAUACUUGUUCAUAUCAUCCGCACCUCUCCUUUCUUCCCCAUUUCUGCUUUUCUCUGCGGCGGUAGAUCUGGUUUUUUCUUCGAUGAAGGUUGCUGUCACUGUUCUUCCGUAGCGCCCCCUGUUCUCCGCUCCGCCCCGGUGCCGCCAAAUGGACAAUCAACCAAACUUUGACAACCAAAUGGACAGUCAAUCCUACUUUGACAACCAAAUAAACAGUCAAUCCUACUUUGACAGCCAAAUGAACAGUCAAUCCUAUUUUGACAGUCAAAUGGACAGUCAACCAUACAUUGACAGCCAAUAUGAUGGAAUUGUUGAGGAUACUCCUGAAUCAUUAUGGGAUUGUCCAUCUCGGAGUCCUCUAAGGAAGAAGUUGACAACAUCAAGGAAUCAUAUUGCAAUCCUCCAAGACAUUCCAUUGCCUAAAAAUGAAGACAACGUUGUUUGCCAAAUAUGUGAUAUUUCUGGUCAUGUUGCUACUAUAUGCCCGCAACGAUAUAAAGUAACUUGUCAACUGUGUAACCGUGAGGGUCAUACUGCAAAAGUUUGUCCAAAUCGUUACCGAUCAGAAAGCGCAUCAGACCCAUCCUUUACACCUACUGAGUCUUCUGAAACUAUUACUAAGAUUUUUGCUAAUGGUCAUCUUACAUUUACAAAAAAGUCUUGGGAUGAAGCAUAUUUCUUUGUAGAUCCGUGCAUUUUGGUGUAUGAUUCAUCACCUCUAAGCCUCCACGCGCCUCCAUCCUGCAUUUUAAAAUGGGGGAAUCCUGAGGUCGUCUCUGUGCAUUUGUGUAAGCAUGGGUUUAUGAAUAACUAUUAUGCAUGGUAUGUUCAUGGAGAGACAUCUAGUAAUACAGUAAGAAACUUUGAAGGGGAAUCUUCUAAUAUGGAGUUUGUUAGAAAUGAAGUAGAUGCAUUAUACCAUGAAAUGGUAGUUGAUGCAAUGGGUGUACAGUCUGAAUACAAUGACGGGCCAAUGGCUGAGGAGCCAAAUAGUAAGGCAAGAGAAUUUUAUAAUCUCUUGCAUGCUGCAGAAGUCCAUAUAGGUGCUGGGGGACAGGAUGUUACAGUACUUUCAUGGAUGGUAGAAAUGCUAAACAUGAAAACUCUUUAUAAUAUGAGUGCUGCUAAUUGGCAAAUGGCAUUGUCAUUGAGUCGAAAGUUGUUGAGUCCAGAGGACCAAGAAAAGUCGAGAGCAACGAGCUCUUAUCUGUCAGUGGCUGAAGGAAUUGAGAUUCCUAGAUGGCAUCUCUUGCCAAUUGCUUUCCGUGAUUUCCUCAUAGAUGAAGUUUGGGGUCCCUUAACUGAGAUCAAUAACUUUUUUAGAGCUUUAACUGCUCCGAUUAUUCAAGUGCGUAGUGGAAGAUAUGAGGUUGAUUCUCGCCUUUUUCCUUUAGUAACUGGCCCAGUCAAUAACGUUAGGGUAUACAAUGGUUAUUGGGUUAAUGGAUUUCGGUUUCAUACUAUCGCAUAUGGACAAAAUAAAAAGACCAUGAAUAGCGGUGUUUGUGUGAAGGGAGCCACUUUCAAUGAUGAGUCAGAUUAUUCUGGAAGUUUGAAGGAAAUAAUUGAGCUUCAGUAUUUUGACUCAUAUGUUCAUCAAUCAGUGAUUUUGUUCAAGUGUGAGUGGUAUGAUAUCAACAAAGGCAUUGUGGUCCAUCUGACAUCUGGUAUAGUUGACAUAAAUCCUCGAAAAGGGUGGUUUGCUGCAUGUAAGAUUAGAGCAAGAGCAAUAAUCGACACUUCAUCAUUAAGUGAUGGUGGAAAUGUUUAUUAUCAAGACGAUGAUCCUCCUAUGCCACAAUUGGUGCAACCCUCGACUGUUUUAAAUUAUCAUGUUUCACUAGCAUCUCAAGGGGGAGAAGAAGUGGUGAUUAGUGAGGUCAUGCAAUUGCCAUAUGUGACAGAGGAAGAAUGUGUGGGUGAGGAUGAUGAUGAAGAGGAAGAGUUUGAUGGAACGGAAACAUCGGAAGAAGAAGUUCUAAAUUACUUAACUGAGAAUAGCAGGUUGAUCCAGAGGGAGAACCACAGAGGUCAUUUCGUCGUCUUAUUCGGGGGCCUCGUAGGGCUGUUCCUACAUAGCAGCAGCUGCCUAGCUACACAGUUGCAACAGGAGCAACCCACUGUUACUCAGCCACCAUUGGCUGAUGAUCAGUUCACUGGUGAUGAUGCGACAAUGGAGGAGGACACUGAAAAGUGUAAUUUGGAGGUUGAGUUGGAGGCUGAGUAUGCUGUGCUUGAUCCUGAGUUAGAUGCUCAGUUGGAGGAGGAGCUAUCACGUGCUGUCCCGAAGACAGGACGUGGCAUGGAUAAAGAAGAUGACGCUCCUGCAGACCCGAGUCAAAGGAAGGUGCUUAGCCUUAAUCGCUAAGGCACAUUCAGCCAUGAGAGGUUUGGGAGGACUGCCACAGUCAUCUGGAAGUACUUGUAUGAUGAGCCAGUACUUUUCUGGUAUAGCUGGCUUGAGGAAAAGAAGAGGAUUGCUUGAGAGAAUUUUCAGAGGACAUAUUAUUGGGAAGAGGAUGAUGCUCGUGUGUAUAAAGUCUGGAGAUUACA